CAUGGUUGGUGAAAGUUGAUAUGUGGUGAUAUCAAGCGAUCAUAAGUUCAGUGGAGAAUAUGUUGAACUUGGCAAGUGUAGAUAUUACAAAGCAAGCAAUUAUUGAUCGCUUGUUGGAUGGAGUAAAGCAAUGUCAGGUACGAUUUGGUAGUACAACCGAAUUGGCUUCUGAGAAGGAUAGCAGAAUCUCUUGUCUUUGUGAGCAAUGGAACAUUGUUCUUCAAUUUGGCAUUAAAUCCACAAAAAAGAUAAAUUCUUUAAGGCAGGUGUUAAUGAGAUCUGAAGGUCAAUCUGUGUUCUGGCUAUUUAUCAAGGAACAUCUUAGCUCUAGUGAAAUAAAGACAUAUAAUUCUUUACAUAAUGUAAUGACAGAUGUUGGUAGAGCAUGGCUUAGGUCUAGUUUAAACGAGCAAUCACUGGAGAAAUAUCUUCAUAGCUUCAUUGGGCAUAAACAGUUGCUUUUUCAGUAUUAUGAGCAAGAUGCAUUAUUAUUGGAUGAUGAACGAUCUAGUAUGUUACCAAUGAUGGCAGCUGGCUUAAGUUCAAUUCUUUUUGCAAUUGACAUUGACAAAGCUGAGUUUAACUUUAUUACUGUACAGAUUCCAGGAAAUAUCAGCCAAGCAGUUUCUCGUCCAACAUCAAUAUGGGCUGUACCAUCACCAAUGUAUGCAACGUCAGCAGCUCCUGGUGAAGUUUGUUAAAUACAACAUUUUAAGAAAAUAAAGAUUUGAUCAGAAUUUUAUUUUCUCCCCGGAUCAAAAAUAUCCCUUUUAUCCCUAAUUAUCCCUACCAUUCAUCUCAUAUAUCGCUAAUCUUAUCAUUCCUUAACCACACAUGUCAUUUAUUCCUUAUAAUCCCCCAACCAUGCGUUCUCCUUAACCUUUAUUAUCCCAUUAUUACAUGUCUUCAUUUAUCCCUUAACUAUACCUGUUGUUUAUUCAUCCCUUAUCAUCCCUUAACCGCGCGUCCUCAUUUAUUCUUUAUCAUACUUGAACAAUGCGUAGUCAUUUAUCCCCAAGCGUCUUUAUUAAUUUGUAACUUUUAUCUUUCUUUUGUGUUUCAGGAAAAGAAAAGAAAAAACGUAAAAAAAAGAAAGCAAACAUUGCGCAAAUUGAAAAUGUUGAAUUCAAAGAGACGGAAGAAGGAACUUCUACUGUCAGUUCUCAUGGUAGUUCUUCCACGACAACGACUGCUCACGAUAGUGCCACGAGUUUUACCCGAGCGGCGUAAGAUAUAUUACAACGUAAUACUGAUUCUCAGGUACAUGCUCGUGGUAACCAUGCUUUCACUAAAAGGCCUGACGAUUUUCUUGAAAUGCCAAAGAACUCUCAGUUGGCUUAUUGUUCGAAUUCUGAGAAUUCAAGUCUUUCUUCCACAAUGGCGAAAACCAACGUUGAGAACAAGGAGAAUGAAACAGAUGAACAAGUGGCUCGAUUAAC